GCUAUUCAAUUGUGGUUGAGUUCGCGGCGCGUGCGCACUUUCGCGGGAAGCUCAAGUUUUCGCUUUCAUUUGGAGAAAUGAGACGUGCGCGUGAAAUGGGCUUCGUAAAAUUCGUGUAAAAAUGCUUCAUUACGCCGUUGCGAAAUAUAGGUGACGACUCCAGAGCGGCAAAUUGUUGCCGGCAAAAGCAAGAUAUAGACAAUUAUUGAAUUCGUUCACUUAUUAUAGUGCAGUGUAGUGACUUCAACAAGUGUAGUGAGAGUUAUCGAAAAUGUCGGGUUUUGUGAAAAUCGCUAUCGACGAUUACUAUUCGGACAGUAAUUGGACAACCAUUAUAGAAAAAUACUGGUUGGCGGCCGAAAAAGUGUCAGAUCCUCGGGUCCAAGGAUGGUUCCUCUUCGACACGCCCCUCCCCACCCUGGCCAUGGUCAUAGCGUACCUGGCCGUCGUCAUGGUCAUAGGCCCGCUAUGGAUGGAAAACAAGAAACCCUUCAAGCUGAAGAAUACCUUGGUGGCGUAUAAUGCUUUCCAAGUUUUGCUGUCUUCUUACAUGUUUUAUGAGCAUCUAAUGUCGGGAUGGUGGGGAGACUACAGUUUGGCGUGUCAGCCCGUUGAUUACAGCGAGAGCGAACAAGCGAGACGGAUGCUGCAUCUAUGCUGGGUGUACUACUUCUCCAAACUCUCCGAGUUCGCGGACACGAUAUUCUUCGUGCUUCGGAAGAAGAAGGGCCAAGUCUCCUGGCUUCACCUCUACCACCACUCCCUCACUCCUUUCGAGGCGUGGCUGCUCGUCAAAUUCAUUGCUGGUGGGCAUGGCACGUUCUCCAACAUCGUCAACAACAUGGUCCACAUAAUCAUGUACACGUACUACAUGUGCUCCGCGAUGGGACCACAUAUGCAGAAAUAUCUAUGGUGGAAGAAGCAUCUCACCACCGUUCAGUUGAUCCAGUUCUACAUGGUGCUCUUCCAUUCAAUCAGUGCUCUCUUCUUCGACUGCGGAUAUCCAAGGAUCAUCGCCUUCGGUCUCGUGCUUCACUCCACCAUCUUCAUCGUCCUCUUCACCAACUUCUACAUCCAGGCCUACAAGAAGAAAGCCAAACCACCCACCAACAACAAUACCCUCACCAAUGGAUACGCCAAGAACGGCCAUAUUCCUAAUGGCCAGGAAUCUACUAGCCAAGAGAUGAACGGUAAAAUUCCAAAUGGCCAGGAGAUGAACGGGAAAAUUCCCAAUGGCCAAGAGAUGAACGGAAAAAUUCCCAAUGGCCAAGAGAUGAACGGCAAAAUUCCAAAUGGCAAUGGUUACAUCAAAAACGGAUGCCUAAAUGGUGAUGUUAGAGAAAAAGAAAAGGUGCAAUAAGACUUGUGGGCCUAAUGGUCGCGUUUUUAUCGCAAAAUAAUGCUGUCAGCAUGUGUAGUUUUAUCCACAGCGAUAAAUAAUAAAAACGCAACCAUUCACAGCCACCUUCUUGCUUUAGUUCCAUAAGGAGAAUUUCGUGCCCUUGGCUUCAAAAUGUAAACAGUCAUGACAUUUUGAAUUAAUUUAUCUUAAUUUAACUGUAUCAGGGCUCUUAUUAAGCUCAUGGUCGUACGAAUUCCAAAAGAAAGGCCCAAUGCCAAGACCAUUAUGUGUGUGACGAAAUCUCGGACAUAGUCGCAUACAUUUUUUUAUUAUAAGAGUGGGUACGAACAGUAAUUUGAAGAAUUUGGUUUAUCUGUAUGAGCCUUUGAAUACCGUAUUUACUUGUGUGAAUACUUGUGUCUUUCAAAAUUUUCUAUUAACAAUCGAUUUGUAAUUUAAAAUUUGCGAAUCAAAUUCGCCAUCUUCAAAAUUAUUAGUGUUGGGGUAUGUACCGAAAUCUCUCCUUAUAUUAAAUAACUUAUAAAAUUAUGUACCAUAUUUUGUUAUGGUUCCACUGUGAGCUAUGGUUGAUAUUAAUUAAGGUGUAGUUUUGUAAAUAAGUACCUGUAAAUAAAAUACAUCGUUUUUAUUCUUCUCCGUCGCUGCAUUUAAUGUAGCGUUCUGCCUGAGAGGGAUAUAAAUACUUGUCUCUUUUAUACAUUAUAGAAGUUUCAUAUAAUUUAAAUCCUGAAUUCUUGCAGUUUUGAAAGUACGUAAACACACUUUAAUCCUAUAUUAAACGAUAGCCGAUUUAAAAUACAAAUGUUGUAUGCACACGAAAAAAGCAAUGAAAUACACACAUCAUACGAAUACUACACAGAAAAAAAAUGGUUCUUCAGCCAAGUAAAUACUCUUGAGUCAAGAUAUUUUGCGUUUCCUAUAUAAGGAAACAAUAAAAUUAUUGCGUCAAGAGCUUUUAGCGAUUAUUAUAUUUCUAAGUAUAACACAGUCUUUGGACACUUAAUGCCGAAAUACGAAAUAUUUACGUAUCUAUACUGUUUUGGAAAUCUAGUUCUUCGCUUUUCAUUAUAUUUUGUAUUGCCUGAGUGUAGUUGAGUUUUUUGGCGACCCGUUUAUGGCGCUACCUCGAGAUGCUUACCAGGUAUGUGUAAUCGAGGACCGCUCUAAUACUGGUACACCUAGAGUUGUGGCAUUCUCGAGACUUUCCUCCGUUUAGCAUGGGAAAUCUCGAGCGAGAACAUUCACCAUACAAAACGGAGAAUGUUCUCACGAACUGUACAACUCUAGGUACACCUAAGCUAUCAACUGGCCUGAGAGCGAACGCGAUCAUCGAAUAUCGAAAUUUCCUUGUAUGCCUCUUUAUCACUCGAAUAUCCAAGAGCAAUAGAGAGGCAUAUAACGAAAUUUAGAUUAUUGACGUCCGCGGCAGGCACUCUUCAAGCGAUUUUAAUGACAUCUCUUGUUAGUAAAUGAAAAUAAAAGUCGAAUAUGUUACCGUUACUUGUAUUAAUAUAGAAACUUCCGUGUGACAGUUGGUUCGGCUAUUUAAUUACACCACAGACAUUAAAAUGGGUGGAAUCGGGAUAUAUCCAUAGUAUAAGCUCAAUGGAUAUAGUUUUUGUUUUACCGAACUACCUCAAUAUUCCGUCCAGUACUGAUACAUAUUAUUAAAAAUAAGUUCCGUCCGUGGUUAUGCUCAAUUAAUUAGUUAGUUGUAAAUAUAAUUAUUUUGUAUAUUUUAUGGUUAAUAUUCAUUAAAUCCUGAUUAAUUUAUGGUUUACCAAUGACAGUAAAAGGAAUCUAAAACCGUUUUACAUCCAAAUGCAAGUUUUUUUUAUUUAUUAAUGACCUGUUACUGUAUAAUUGUAGGUAUGUUAAUUACAUGCAAGGAAUUACUGUAUAAAAAUAGAUGAAAAGGUUAACAAAAAAUGUAUGUAUAAAUUUAUGGCAAGCAUAGUUUGCUUUGUUGUAGGAUAUAACUUUACAAUGUGAUAUUUUGUUUGGUUAUAAGUACUACAAUUGUAUGAUUCUAUUUUUUGUGCGCUCGUGUACCUAUUUUUGUAUAACAACAACGGAAACUUAAAAUAUUGUAACAUAAUUUAUAAUACGUACACACAGGUACGAACUUGAAACUAUAUAAAUUUGAUUCCUUACUGUUAUUGACUUUUUGUACAUGAUACAUCGGUUACCGACUGAAAAGACAUUACAAAUAAUCCUACUUUUUCCUUCAUACAGGAUAGUUUUGUAUGUGGUUUGUUAUGUAGGUCAUAUUUAACAAGUUUUACUGUGAAGCCGACCCCGAAAUUGAGAAAAAAAUCCAGAAAUCAUUGACAAUGAUUCGCCGAACCGAAAUGUAUGAGACCGCAGAGCAUUUCUGCGUUUUUGGGGUUGGACCCAUAGUAUAGUUGUUUAAUAUAACCUACAUAUUUACUACACAGAGUACGAUCAGACAUAACAAAAUCACUGUUUACAAGCACAAUUUUUACGGUGUUUCUUUUGUACAGUCGACGUCAAAAAUAUGUUUACACUUUUGCACCUUACUCCUUUGUAAUAAGGCUAAAAGUGUAAACAUAUCUUUGACGUCGACUGUACCAUCGCCUACACUGUUAACUGUAUAUCGAUGGACCAUAUGCCUUUUGUAAUAAUGUCCACCGAUGUACAGUCAGGAGUAUUGCUAUUUGUACAUGUGUAUAUUAUUAUAGUAUAUUUUAUAGCUCCCAGUGGAAGUGGGCUUAUGCCCGUUUUGGUACAUCUAUUGGAUACCAAUGUUUUAUACCAGUCAGUUUAGAGAAAUUAUAUUUUAUAAUAUAGGUGUUGUAAUUAUGUGAUAAUUUAAGUCGUUUUAAGGAUACUGUAAAAAGCAAGUGUAUAUCUUUUUUACCGUAUUUUGGAAAUAAAAUAAUCAAAUUAUA